AGUCACUCUGUGACUCUCCAUUUUCAGCUGCCGGGGAAAUCAAACACAAGAUGUUUGCAUGCGGUGAAAUGGGGGUGUUGGUGGCUACCCUUCUGCUCAGUGGUGUCGCUCUCUCAGCAGCUGAUGUUUCCAGUGGAGCAGGUCUGUUUGGGAAUGCCCUGGUGUUUCCCAUCGAGACGGACAACAGCUAUGUCACACUGACUCCACAGAAGCCCCUGGAGCUUAAGGCCUUUACUAUCUGCAUGAACGUGGCCACGGAGCUGAAAGGUGAAAGAGAAAUCCUCCUCUUCGCUUACCGCACCGGAGACUUUGACGAGCUCAAUAUCUGGCGAGAGCUGGAUGGGCGCUAUUCCUUCUACCUAAGUGGAGAGGGGGUCUUUUUUGAAAUACCGCAACUAAACACAUUCAAGACCCACUUGUGUGUCACAUGGGAAUCUGCCACAGGUCUGUCUGCAUUCUGGGUGGAUGGCAAGCGGAGCAUUAGGAAAGUGUACAAACGGGGACACACAAUUCGACCCAAGGGUACCGUCCUUCUAGGGCAGGACCCUGACCGUUUUUUGGGGGAUUUUGAUGCAAAACAGAGUUUUGUUGGUGAAAUAUCUGAUUUUAACAUGUGGGACUAUGUCCUGUCUGAAAAUCAGAUUAAAGCGCUGUAUUCAUGCGGUGGCCAUGUUCCUAAAGGUAACAUUUUUGACUGGGAGACAAUUCAGUAUCAGAUCCGUGGAAGUGUAUUUGUUGCAUCCGCAGACUAGAAUGCAAAUCAUAAAUCAUUCAGUUCUAUGUGACAGUGCUAUUGAC